AACAAACGACACAUUUUUUUCUGUUAUUUGUUUUCAAGGCUGAUAUUCGUGACACUUAGCGUUGUCAAAAGCUGACAUUCAGUGAGGAAAACAGAUUUGCUGUCAGUUAGACAUGUUCAGCCACACGCCCAGGAGGAGGAUGCAGCUAGUGGACAUGGUCCAGAUUGUCCGUGAGACGCUCGCAGAGGUCACGGACUCGGAGCAGAAGGAGCGCUACGACUUCGUCAACAUGGUGGUUGACUGGGACUGGCUUCGUACCGUAUAUGGUCCCACCAUCUACACAAAGAAGUCCCAGCCAAAGAUCCCCAACUCCAACAUCCUGUACAAGGCCAGCUUCUCUAACCACACCCCCGAGGACAGGAUGUACAACCUCAAGACACGCAGGAGGACAACCUCAGUCUGCAAGAUGUGCUACACCCGGGCGCUCACCUUCGGCGGGGACAUCAACAUCACAGCCACGCCCCCCGGAAUACCCGCAGGGGUCACCACAGGGUUCAAGGCCGGGAAGGAAAUAAAGAAAGGAAACGUAGUGACCAGCGAGCAGGAACUCACCUGGAUUGUAAACAGUGACAUCAGCGUCAAGCCCAAUCACAUGAUCACGGCGGAAGUCAAGAUCCUGGAGGAAGAGUUUGCCGGCGACUUCGAGCUCACAGUUUGGUUUGAAGGAUUAGUGAUAGCCUACCCACGACGGAAACAAAAAGACAAAAUUGAGAAAUUCCAGGAGAAGGUAGCCAAAAACUUCCUGCCCAAAUCCUACCUGGAGAAGUACAAGGAGGACGGCACGACCAUCGCGCUGACCGCCGCCAACAUGUUCACGCCGGCCCGAGGGUUCACCCUCGACCGCAACGACCGUCCGGGGUUCACGAUCAAGGGGUCAACCAAGUGCAAGUUUGGGCUCGAGCAAGUCGUCACCCUCGAAGAACUACCCGCCCCUACACCCACACCCCACACCAACCCCUUCCAAUCCAAAUAAACACUGAACUACCCACCCCUACACACACACCCUUCCAAUUCAAAUAGACACAGAACUACCCGACCCUACAUCCACCCCCUCCCAAUCCAAAUAAACAGAGCUCUAGCCACCUACAGGAAGGGGUGGGGGUCAACAGCCAACCAUCACUCCCAGCCCCGGGAGAUCAACGUAUCCUAAGUCCCUCCCCCCCCCCAACCAAUGUUAUUGUUUUGUUCAAAGUUAAGUUCUGUUCACUUUCCCUGUAUGGGGUGUAGCUUUGUUGUUAUCUAUUGUCAGCAACUUGAAGCUAUUUACGAUACUAGUUACAUAGUUAUCGCAUUGUAAAUGCUAUGUGAAUGUUAUCCAAUUUGUU